AUGCGCCUUAUGGGGUGCGUCGGCGCGGGCGCCGAUGCCGAAGGGCGCGAGGCGCGCAAGGUCAACAAGCAAAUCGAAGAGCAGUUGGCUAAAGAUAAACAGGUGAUGCGUGCGACUCAUCGGCUGCUUCUACUUGGCGCCGGAGAGAGUGGAAAGAGUACAAUUGUGAAGCAGAUGAGGAUUCUGCAUAUCAAUGGAUUCAAUGAAGCCGAGAAAAUGGAAAAAAUCAAGGACAUUCGGCUGAACGUGCGCGACGCCAUGCAGGUAAUCUUGAGGGCGAUGGACGAAAUCGAUCCGAAAGUGUCUCUUGACGACCCGAGCACCGCAAUUAGCCGCGAUUACAUUCUCCGCGUUACACAUGAUCCCGACGAAAACUAUCCGCAGGAAUUUUACGACCAUGUUAUUAAAUGCUGGUGUGAUAAAGGUGUUUUGACUUGUUACGAGAGAAGUAGUGAAUAUCAAUUGAUAGAUUGUGCUAAAUAUUUCCUUGAUAAAAUUGAAGAAGUACGACAACCAAACUACGAUCCAACCGAACAAGAUAUUCUCCGAUGUCGUGUCAUGACCACCGGUAUUUUUGAAACCAAGUUUGAAGUUGAUAAAGUCAGAUUCCACAUGUUUGAUGUGGGUGGCCAACGAGACGAGCGGAGGAAAUGGAUACAGUGCUUCAACGAUGUUACAGCAAUUAUUUUCGUUUGCGCUUCGUCCUCAUAUAAUUUAGUUUUGUGGGAAGAUGCGACGCAAAAUAGAUUACGCGAAUCCCUUUCCCUGUUUAAAAACAUUUGGAACAACCGAUGGCUGAAAACCAUCUCUGUUAUUUUGUUUUUGAACAAACAGGAUUUAUUAGCGGAGAAAAUCAAAGCCAAGCGAUAUUUGCUCGAAUCAUUUUUUCCUGAAUUCGCCAAUUAUCAAUUACCAAACGACGCUGUCUAUGAGAAUGGAGACGACAAGGACGUUGUUCGCGCCAAAUACUUCAUUCGUGGAGAAUUCCUGAGAAUUUCAACCGCAGCCGGCGACGGCCGUCACCACUGUUAUCCCCAUUUCACCUGCGCUGUCGAUACCGAAAACAUUCGACGGGUGUUCAACGACUGCCGAGACAUCAUCCAACGCAUUCACCUCCGACAGUACGAGCUGCUCUAG